AAUUAAAGAAAUAUGAGAUAAGAGUGGAAAACGAUAAUGUGAGUUGCAAUGGCAUGUUGGAUGGUAGUAUCGGCAUGGAGUUUGAAGACAACGCCACCGUUACUCUCUCUGUCACCGAGCCUCUCCACAUUCAAAUUCAAAUGUUGCGCAACACACAACGACGACCUCCAAGCUCUCUUACAGAUUCUUCCAUCCGAUUUGCAUCACAAUCUCCUCAACCAACCUAACCGCACUCAUCUUUUGGAGGUUAUAUUGGAUUUGGGCCGUUUUCCCGAAGCACGCUAUCUAGGAAAAUACGGUAACCACUAUCUAAGGAAUUCUGAGGUAACAGUGAAAGAGUUGGAAUAUGCUCAUGGAGCUGUUGGGGAGUUUGGGAAUGAUAAUAGAGCUGGUAUUGAGGGUACUUUGCACAGAAUAUCUGCAAUUAGGAGUAGAAAUGGUGGUAUUGUUGGUUUGACGUGUAGAAUUGGGAGGGCGGUUACUGGCCAUAUUGACAUGGUUUAUGAUCUGCUUCAAUAUGGCAAGAGCAUUUUGUUUGUUGGAAGGCCUGGGGUUGGCAAGACUACUGUUAUGAGAGAGAUUGCUCGUGUAAUGUCAGAUGAAUUUCAUAAAAGAGUGGUGAUUGUCGAUACCAGUAAUGAAAUUGGAGGUGAUGGCAAUAUUCCUCAUGCAGCAAUAGGCAGCGCACGUAGAAUGCAGGUACCCAUGCCAUCGAUGCAACAUAGUGUGAUGAUUGAGGCGGUAGAAAAUCACAUGCCUGAGGUGAUUAUAGUAGACGAGAUUGGCACAGAAGCUGAAGCUCAGGCUUGCCGAUCGAUUGCUGAGCGAGGCAUCAUGCUUAUAGGAACUGCUCAUGGUCAGCAGAUUGAGAAUGUCAUGAAGAAUCCUACACUCUCUGACCUGAUAGGCGGAAUUGAAAGCGUUACUCUGGGAGAUGCAGAAGCCAGAGCAAGAAAAUGUCAGAAGACAAUUCUUGAGAGAAAAGGUCCUCCAACAUUUGAUUUCUUGAUUGAGAUGAGAGACAGACACUACUGGCUUACACAUCAGACCGACAAAAGCGUAGAUAUGUUGCUUCGAGGCAAGAGUCCACAAGUUGAGGUACGCAAAAGAGAUGAAAAUUGCAAGGUUGUGAUCGAAAAAUCUAAAGCAUAUGAUAAAUGCCAAAUUUGAAACCUUUUCCUUUUCCCAUAAUAUAAUUCAUUCAUUUAAAAAAAAACUCAAUUUAAAUCUAUAAACCUGUUUAUCAUUCUGUAAAUUGUGUUUUGUUGACAUUACUAUUGAUAUGUGUAUAUCUUUCACUCUAUAUUCCUCUUAUAAACACUUAAAAGAACGAUGACAUCUAAUUAGAGUA